CGCUCCUCAGUUUGUUUCAAAGAAUUGAAUCUUUGUUGACAAGUGGGGUGAAGGAGCUCUGAUUUUCUAGAUUUUUGUCACCAUAGGAAACUAUCACUUUUGCAAAAACAUGAUGUUGAUGUGGAUAUAUUUUCUUUGCAUAUUGGCUCCAACCGAAGGCUCGUGGCUAGAAAGUCUAUCCCGAAAACCUGAAAGCCAAGAUAAGAGAAGCUUGGCUGAAUUUGCGUAUAUGGUUGCCUGUUUUACUAAACGUUUUCCUACUGAGUACAUUGAUCAUGGCAAGUACUGUGGAAAAACACCACCAGGAGUGACCGGACAGCCAGUAGACGCUCUUGAUAAUUGCUGUAAAAUACAUGAUGACUGCUAUGGUGAGGCAGUGAGACUUGGAAUAUGCACCAGCGUCGGAGUUUAUAUCCAUCCAUAUUUUAUAGACCCAAUUAAAUGCACAUGCGUUCGACCAAGAUCAUUUCUGGGAAAACUUAGCAGAGAUUGUGGAAGACGUCUUUGUGAAUGUGACUACAAAGCAGCUGUUUGUUUCAGAAAUGCGAAUCCGCCAAGGUCUGGUCGAUAGAUGUGUCAACUAUAACGCAAAAUGUACAGAAUGGGCAGUGAAACCCUCAUUUGAUGGGAGUCCACUGCAAAUUGAGCUGCGGA